GUGAUGCUCUACUGUUGCAUUUAAGGCCCGGUCUUUGAUUUAUUACCCGAAAUUGUCGACCAGGGUCGUUAUCGCAGGUUUAUUUUAAACGCACUGGUCGACUCGAUUUGUGUUAUGCCACGAUUGAAGUGAAUCAGCGGCUACGUCACUGAGCAACUUACGACUAGUAUAUACUAAUACUACAAUGCAUCUGGGCUUUCUCGCUGUGUUUGUGGUCCUCACGCACUCCGCAUGCGACGACGUCACUAAUAAGAGGAACUCUAAUCCUGGGAAUCCUUCACCGCUACCCGGAGAGUAUAAGUACACGGCAACAAUCGGAAAAUUGCUAAUUCUGAAAUUACGCUCUUCGGAAUCAUGCUUUGAGAAAGUCGAAGAUAUUGCCAGUCUACUGGAGCAAAUGAUUGAAGAACACAACAAUUUAGAAUUUAGACUAGCGACAUUAGAGGAAGAAUGGGACGUCCUAGUUGACACGAAGACACGUGAUAACCACGUGGUUCCAGUUGGAACGCAAUACGCCACCAAAGACGACCUACGGGAUCUAAUCCAGCACGUUGAAGGUAAAGCCAUGAAACGCUGGUUUGGGGAAGAUAUGUAUGACUCUCUUCGCCGCAUUGCCGAUUAUGUCGACGACAUCGUAGAUUUCUUUGCAAAUACUUACAACAAAGUGAAGGACUUUAUCGCUGAUUUGUACUACCGGGUAUACAACUGUUUUAGCAAUCUGGAGAAUUGUUUUCGACCAGUCUUAGAAUACAUGGUGUAUCCAGCUCUUGAAGCUAUGAAAGACAGUUUCUUCAUGAUGUUGAACAUUGGACCAGGGAUUGGAGCAACUCCCAGUAUCUGA